UUCAUGUGCAAAGAAUGUGGGAAAACAUUUUCCAAGAAAUGUCAUCAUAUAGUUCAUAUGAGAAUCCACACUGGAGAAAAGCCAUUCAUGUGCAAAGAGUGUGGGAAAACAUUUUCCAAGAAAGCACACCUCACAGUUCAUAUGAGAAUCCAUACUGGAGAGAAGCCAUUCGUGUGCAAGGAGUGUGGGAAAGCAUUUUCCAUUAAACAUUCUCUUACACGUCAUAUGAAAAUCCAUACUGGAGAAAAGCCUUUCAUGUGCAAGGAAUGUGGGAAAGCAUUUUCCAUGAGAGAUAUUCUUAAAAGUCAUAUGAAAAUCCAUACUGGAGAAAAACCUUUCAUGUGCAAGGAAUGUGGGAAGGCAUUUUCCCAUAAAUCAGAUCUUACAAUUCAUCUGAGAAUCCAUACUGGAGAGAAGCCAUCUAUGCAGAAAAUAAGCCAUUCAGGAGAAAAGCCAUAUUUAUGCAAGGAAUGUGGGAAAGCAUUUUCCCAGAAAACAAGUCUUACAGUUCAUAUGAAAAGCCAUUCUGGAGAAAAGCCAUUUAUAUGUAAGGAAUGUGGAAAAUCAUUUUCCCAGAAAGCAAAGCUUACAAUCCAUAUGAGAAUCCAUACAGGAGAAAGGCCAUACAUUUGCAAGGAAUGUGGGAAAGUAUUUUCCCAGAAAUCAGAUCUGACACGUCAUAUGAGAAUCCACACUGCAUAAUAAGGAAAAUAAAAAAAAGUAGAGUAUGGGAUGAACAAGUGAGCAGAAAACUGGCAGAACACCAAACCAAGGUAAAGUAAAGGCCCCAACUCCACAAAUAAGAAACAAAGAACAGAAGAUAAAAGCAAAAUAUAAAUAGGCAGUUUGGUGAAAAUACAAAGCUUUUGUAUAGAAACAUGACGAAAGAAACGGUGGAGGUACUAACACCACUGAGCAAGGACGACCUAGAGAGAUUUUGGAAGCCACUGUUUGAAGACCCUAGACAACACCAAGAGAAUUCAUGGACUAACACCAUUAGGCAGAAGAACAGCCAGAAACAGCAAAUGCCCCAAUAAGGCUCACCAUAGAAAGAGUAACACAGAAAAUAAAAGAAUACUAUAGUAAUUUCAAGACAUCAGGAAUAGACAAGAUCCCAAAUUUCUGGCUAAAAAAGAUCUGCGUGCAGAUUCAGAAGGAAAACUGGAAGAACUAGUCAGGAAAGUCCACCAAUUCUGAAAUGACAUCUGCAUGGAAUUUGGGUAGGACAAGUGUGCCAAGAGUACAGUAAAGAAAGGGAAGAAAGUAAGAUCAGAAGAUGUAGAGGUAGAGGAAGGCAUGUUUGUUGAAGACCUGGCAGAAGAGUCUGCAUAGAAGUAUUUGGGGAUAAAAGAAAACACUGGUAUAGAACACAAGAAAAUGAGAGAAAAGAUAAAGAAAGAAUACAUCAGCCGGUUAAAGAAGAUCUGUAAGUCAAAAUUAACACCAAAGAACAAGAUUACUGCUAUAAACCAGCUCGGCAAUACCAGUGGUGACAUAUGGUUUUGUCAUUGUAGACUGGCCACAAGGUGAGUUAGACAAGAUGGAUAUUAAAACCAGGAAGAUUCUCACCCUACAUAAAGUCACAUGCAGACACCAGUGUAUGGACAGAAUAUACCUCCCCCACAGAGAAGGUGGAUUAGGUCUGACUGAGAUCAUCCAGGCCUACAGAGCAGCAGUAGUAAGUAUAGGGCAGUGCAGUGUAACUGUGGUUGUCACUAACUUUUUGAUGUUACGGUUUAUAUGAAUCUAAUGUUUAAUUGAUGUGAAGCUUGUUGAUUUGGGUUUUGUGCUGUAAGCCACAGUAUAAUUGGUGAUGGGUAGUUUGUGAAGACAUGCUGUACGAUGGGUCGUUGCUUUUGUGUAACUCGUCCGUAAUUUGUGUUUAUUCUGUUUUGUGGAUUGAAUAGCUGUUUAUUAAUUGUUUACUAAAGUACCUUAGAUUUUAAUGGGUUUUCCAUUGCUUCCAUAUACAUUCUCCUCCUAAAUCAUAUUAAUAAUUUUUUUUUUUUAUAAAACAAUGUGAUACAGCAUUAGUAAAUCCUAAUGCUUUGUAUUAGCUCACUAAACACAGUGGACUGUGUAUUACUGUACUUUGUUUUACGUUAACCAGUCAGAAGUGUCAAGACAGGACUUGUAUUGUA